AUGGCGGGGCCCGGGGCGGCCGCGGCGGCGCUGCUCCCUGUCCUGUUGGCGGUGCUGGCGCCCUGGGCCGGCCGAGGGGGCGCCGCCGCACCCGCCGCACCCAACGGCACGCUGGGGGCCGAGCUGGAGCGCCGCUGGGAGAGCCUGGUGGCGCGCUCGCUGGCGCGCCUGCCGGUGGCCGCGCAGCCCAAGGAGGCGGCCGUCCAGAGCGGCGCGGGGGACUAUCUCCUGGGCAUCAAGCGGCUGCGGCGACUCUACUGCAACGUGGGCAUCGGCUUCCACCUCCAGGUGCUCCCCGACGGCCGCAUCGGCGGCGUGCACGCGGACACGAGCGACAGCCUGCUGGAGCUGUCGCCGGUGGAGCGGGGCGUGGUUAGCAUCUUUGGCGUGGCCAGCCGGUUCUUCGUGGCCAUGAGCAGCAAGGGCAAGCUGUACGGCUCGCCGUUUUUCACAGAGGAGUGCAAGUUCAAAGAGACCCUCCUCCCCAACAACUACAACGCCUACGAGUGCUACAGAUACCCCGGCAUGUUCAUCGCCUUGAGCAAGACCGGCAGGACCAAGAAAGGGAGCCGAGUGUCCCCCACCAUGAAGGUCACCCACUUUCUCCCCAGGCUGUGACUCCCGGCGUCCUGCCUCCAAGUCCCGGACAGUCAGGAGACUUUCUUCAGAUGGACGGUCUAAUGCAAGAGUAGGUGUAAGAUAUUUAAAUUAAUUAUUUAAAUGUGUAUAUAUCGCCACCAAAUUAUUUAUGGUUCUGUGGGUGUGUUUUGUAUUUUUCUGGGAAAAAAAAAGACAAAAAAUGACCCCCAAAAUCCCCAACCCUGAGUUUUCUGGGUAAGACGGUGAAGACCUUUCCACUGGCUGUAUUUAACUUGUCAAAAAGUUGUCACAAGUGUGCUGCUACUCUGUGUUUAAAAAUGGUGACAUCAGACCCCAGUCUCUGCCCUGCUUUGCAGGGUUCCCCGCACGGCGGUGGUGAGCAUCUCCGUGUCUGGAGAGGCCUUCCCCAGGGCUUCGGAGCCAGCAAAGGGACCCUCCCUGCCCCGGCUCUGCUCCUAGCACCCCCCAGCGCCUCGCUCCUUUGUGCCCCGCUGCUGUUCAUGGGACAUAUCGCUUUACUCCGGGUACCGAAAAUGCACCGUGGGAGUGCCCCGCUGCCCCUCUGUUUUUAGAUCUGCCAAGACUGACCUUUGAACUUCGCUGUAGUCAAUCUUCCUCCAGCUCCCCGAUGGGGGAGAGACUCUUAGACAACUUUUAUAAACUCCUGUUUUCCUUUUUUGGAUCAGCCGCAGCCUGUGGUUCUCUGUGGCCACUGGGGUAGAGGCAAAAACAAAGCAGUUUCGUAAAUCUGACGGAAAGGCACGGACAGCCCGCCGGAAAGCUGGUCACGGACCGAUGGGUGUGUUUGCCAGCCACAACCAAAACUCUAGUGAUAAAAUACAAGCGUGCGGUAGCUGGUAUUUCUGAUAAGUAAUAGAAUAUAGGUUUUUG